AUGGUCUCCGCGCUCACCCUCCGACAUACGCACUCCUUGCUACCUGUCGCCCGUUUCUCGCUAUUCAAGAGCUGGGUGUCACCUGUGCUCGCUGCGGCUGCUCUCAGUCUGCCGAGGACAUCAUGGUCGCUCCCUUCGUUGCAAUCCUUGCUCGACCUCUUUCCACCAUUCCUUCUUGCGGUUCCCAAAUCAAAAACAUCACAUUCCCGCAAGGCUAUGAGAAGCGCAAACAAGGGAUUGAAAGAUAAACGAAACAUCACGAAUUGUGCGGGUUGUGGAGGUGUCAAGCUCGCGCACCAUAUCUGUCCCAAUUGCUACAGCUCAGUGAACCGCUUCCUGGAGUAUCCUUGGUACCUGCUAGAGAAGCCUCAAAGCCGUUCGAUGUCGCCAUCCGGGCUGUUCAGAGGUGUUACUCAUCACCCCUCAACUUCGACAUUCUCCUUCAAUCCCAUCUCCCCUGCCGCCUUCCUCAAUGCUAGAAGGGUUCGUGUUGUGUACCCGUCGCUGGCGCGUGCAGCGAGCACGUCGAAGCGGCCGCAGGGCCUUGCUUCUGUUCUGGAGAAGAGACCUGACGAUGUGGUUAUAACCUUUGCUAAACGUACCGCGGUAGGGAGGGCGAAGAAAGGUCAGUUCAAGGAUGUCCCUGUCGACGAGAUCAUGCAUGCUCUGUUCAAGGCUACCCUCGAGAAGACAAAGCUGGACCCAACUAAGGUCGAUGACAUUUGUGUCGGAACCUGCCAUCCACCGUCCCCGCUGUACCUCUCGAGAGCAGCCGCAAUUGCUGCGGGUAUCCCGUAUGACGUGCCAAUCUCCGUCGUCAACAGGUUGUGUUCUUCUGGAUUGAUGGCCGUUCGAAACAUUGCACAUGCCAUACAAUCUGGAGAGGCCUCCCUUGGGUUGGCGGUCGGCGCUGAGAGUAUGAGCUUGAACCCACGACCAACGCCUGAGGUCGUUGACAUCAUCGCCGAAUCCCCCCAUGCCCAUGAUUGCAUGCAGCCAAUGGGCUGGACCUCUGAGAUGGUCGCUCAAACGUACAAAGUGUCACGCCAAAAACAAGACCAGUACGCGUUCAUCUCACACAGUCGAGCUGCGAAGGCUGUCUCCGAAGGAAUAUUCGCCGACGAAAUUAUCCCUGUUGAGAUUCGAGGUCAAAUAAUCUCUGUUGAUGACACCAUCCGGCCAGGGGUUACUCUGGAUGGCCUUGAGAAACUCAAGCCCGUCUUCCCGAACUGGGGAGAGGCCAGCACCACUGCUGGGAACGCGAGCGGCGUAGGAGACGGUGCAGGAAUUUGUAUUAUGACCACCCGAGCACGAGCAGAGCGAGAUGGGAUGGAAAUCCUUGGGAAAUAUGUCACUUCGACGGUCGUUGGCGUUGAACCUCGCUACAUGGGUAUUUCGCCGAUUUAUGCUAUUCCCAAGGUACUCGAACAGCUUGGAUUGACUAAAGAGGAGGUCGACGUCUAUGAGAUGAACGAAGCAUUUGCAUCGCAAUUCGCUUACUGCGUUGAACAACUCGGCGUCCCCAUGGAGAAGAUCAACCCAAACGGCGGAGCCAUCGCCAUCUCGCAUCCUCUUGCUAUGACUGGCGUACGACAGGUCGUCACCGGUCUUGCGCAACUUAAGCGGCAGAAUCAACAGAUUCUAUGCACCAGCAUGUGCAUUGGCAGCGGAAUGGGUGCUGCAGGCAUCUUCGUGAACGAGCAAAUCCGCUGA